UGGUUAAACCCAAUGCUUCCGGCGGCAUAAUGUCACAGUGAAGAGCACGAGGUGCACUCUUUAUUUUUCUAACAACAGAAUGGUCGCACCCUGGAGAAUGGCCCAAAUGCUGGCCACUCUCCUAUCACCUGCUACUUGCCAGGUUUGUCGCCAUGCCAGCCGAAAUACGCUUGGGUGGGUGUCUCAGAAGUAUUCUGAUUCCCAUCCAAAACAGAGGCAACAGAAAGAUAUGUUUGAACAAGAAGAUAUGGAUGCAGUGGAAGCCAAAUUGAAGUCUAUUGUGAACGAAGAGAGGAGAAGGCAAAAAGCAGCCAAGUUCCACAAGAUCAAGAGGCAAAUGAACAAACCUGGAGCGCCAGAGAGAAUACUCAGCUGGGAAGCCAUUGAGCAGAUAAGAUAUUUAAAGCAGGAGUCCCCAGACGAAUGGACUAUACAGAAGUUAGCGGAGGGUUUCUCUGUAAGUUCUGACGUCAUCUCCAGAGUCCUCCGCAGCAAAUUCACCCCAACAACAGAGCGAAAGCUCCAGCAGGACUCUAAAGUGUUGCCCAGUAUUGGGCAGCUGUCUUUCAGAGAUGACAAAGCUGGACAGUCCAGACUACCACUGCCAAAAAAUGCUACACCAGCCAUACUCACAUCGGGAAACACAGGUGCACUAACAACACUGAGCAAUGGAGCUCUUUCAGUGAAGGAGGGUGAGACAGGACUGAUGCCCUCUGGUGGUAAUGUCCCAUCAGUGUCAAGAGUAACAUCUCAACUAUCGGCCACACAGAAAUUGACACCUAUUUUACAGGAGAAGCCUGACUCUUUGCAAAAGACCACUGAAAUGGACGUGAGAGAUGAUACUGAGUUGGAAGAUGAAUGGGAUGGAGUGAUUCUGACAGAAGAAGAUCUGGAGCAGAUCAUGCAAACACUGCAGGAAAAGCCCAGUCCAGUGGAACAGAAGGGACAAGAGUUUUUUGACAGUGAUGGAAACUUCCUAUACAGAAUCUGAGUGAUUAAAAGUCACAUUUAUCAACAGCUGUCACUGUGAUCUAGAAUGUUCUUUUGAAUAUUGAUUAUGAACAUGAUUGAAACGUUAAUACGAGAAGAACUGUGUUACAAUUUGUAGUUUGUAACUAAAUCUAGAUGCCUCAGUGCACACUUCCCAAGCUACCUUUCCAAUUCUGAAAGUUAAAAUCAGCAGCUCAUUGAAGAGGAAUGAUACAAAGGCAAACUCAGUGGGACAAAUCAAUUUAUUUCUCAAACAAACAGUUCCGUUACAAAUAUACAGAGUAAAAAAUAACAGAUACAAAGUUGGAGUAGCUGUAUAUGUACUGAGCUUCACAACUACUAAGUACACUGAUUUUGCACAACAAGAAAAAUUUUACACCUCUCAUAAAUAAAAAUGCUGUCACAAAUGAAAUUGUUUUGCUCUACACUUCAGUUGCAUUGCGAACAUGAUUACUAGUACUACCCAAAGCAUGGAGAGCAAACCAAACAAAAUGAAACUUAAUUUAUCUGAAAUUUAGCAUGUGUAUUAAGUAAAGGUAAUAUUGCCUAAAUCUCAAUUACAGGCAUGUUUUGUUACUUCUGAUAUAUUACCAACUGACAGAUGAACUGUUUGUCCAAGCUCAUGUUACCAACACUGGUAAUUCUUUCAGAAAUGAGAUCUUGACUUUGAAUUAUAGAAGAUGAGCUUGACAUUUCAUUGGAAGGCACAAACUGCCUCCAUGCUAGGCACUUGAAUCAAAAUGUACACUAGUUUUACAUUUUGUACACAAAGUAAAACUAAAAACACUUUAUAAUGCAUAAUCUGAGUCUUUGCGAAUGAGAUUGUCGUUCUCAGAGAAAAUAAAAGAUUUUUGAUUAGGUGUGUGUAACUAAAACUAUUACUAGAGAUUUUGAAAAAUAGCCAAAAAUUGACUCCAAAGUAAACCUAUUUCACUGUGGAGCUGAUAUUUAAUACACACUUCCUAGAAAACAUGCACUACAUCAGAAUUGAAACAUCUGUCCAAACAGAAAUGACCAACUGAAAGUUGCUAAGUCCUUCUAUUGCAUAUGAAUAUUCAAAAUUAAAUUAUAUGAUCAAAGAGUUUAGGCCACUGCAUCUGUUCUCGGCUGAAGUUUGCUGCACACAAAUGAAAAUUACAUGCAAAAUUAUUGCAACUAAUGGUUUGGCUACACAAACGCAUGGUCAGGUUUUGACACAUGGUCAGAGUCUCUGUGCAAAUGGUGAUACAUUUCACACCUCUGCUUGAUAACAUGUGACUUUCUUUUUUCAAAACAAGAAAUCAGAAACAUGAAAAUGUUGCUAGCUAAGAGAACCGUUCUGUGAACUACAAAACUUGGGAAAAAUGUGCAAAAUUGUACACAAAGUACAACUGUAUUCUGUUUUACAUGCAUCUGCGUCAUUGCUUUCAUGAUGUUAAUAAAAAUAUGAUUUUUUAUAAAAUUUUAA